CGUAGUCCACUUGGUCUUAUGAAAUCGCAUUGUGUGAUGUUAAAAAUGCUAGUGGAUUUCCAAUAUCAUUAAGCUUUGGAAUAAAAUUGUUUAUCAAAAUAAGUUAUGUCAGCUCAAUACAAAAGAUUUCUUAAAGUUCUGGAGAAGUGGCCGACGGACAAAACGAAAGUAGGCAGAUCCUUUCGAGAAACUUUAACAAAUAGGAUGUCAGGAACCGCCAAACUGAUUUCAGGCACCGAAGUGGCCAAUGAAAUUCGUGCGUCUUUAAGACAACAAAUUGAAGAUGUAAAAGCUAAGCUUCCCAGUUUUGCCCCUGGCCUGCGAAUUCUACAAGUUGGUGGCCGUGAAGAUUCAAACGUUUACAUUCGCAUGAAGAUAAAGGCUGCCACAGAAAUUGGUAUUACCGUGGAGCACAUUAAACUUCCACGCACUGUGGCCGAAGUCGCGCUACUUGAGAAGAUAACGGAACUUAAUUUGGACCCCAAUGUACAUGGCAUUAUAGUGCAAAUGCCACUUGAUUCUGAGACUAAAAUCGAUUCUCAUAAGAUAACCGAUGCUGUUUGCCCAGAUAAGGAUGUCGAUGGGCUUCAUACCGUUAAUGAAGGACGUGUCUCUAUCGGAGAUUUAAAUGGAUUUUUGCCUUGUACACCAUGGGGCUGCAUUGAGCUGAUUAAACGCACGGGUGUUCAAAUCGCAGGCGCUCAAGCUGUGGUUCUGGGUAGAAGUAAAAUUGUUGGUACUCCUGUAUCACAGCUAUUGAAGUGGGAGCACGCCACUGUAACCGUUUGCCACUCCAAAACCAAAAACCUGGAACAAAUUUGCCGAAACGCCGACAUUCUUGUUGUUGCCAUUGGUGUACCAGAACUGGUAAAGGGAAGCUGGAUUAAACCAGGCGCUGUUGUUAUUGACUGUGGCAUUAACGUGAAACCAGACUCUGCAAAGCAAGGAGGUUCUCGACUGGUCGGUGAUGUACUAUUUGACGAGGCAAAACAAGUUGCUUCAUUUAUAACUCCAGUACCUGGCGGCGUGGGACCCAUGACUGUAGCCAUGCUGAUGAAAAACACGGUUCGUUCGGCUUUGUCUGCUGCUGAAAAAUUAGUACAAAUCACUUGGGAUUUGGCACCGCUUACCUUGGCUAAAGUUCGACCUGUGCCAUCAGAUAUCAUUAUUGCACGUUCCCAAAAGCCCAAACAUAUUUCUAAUUUGGCUAGAGAAAUUGGCUUGAUAGAUAGGGAAGUAUCACUUUAUGGAGACAAAAAAGCUAAAAUCGCUUUAAGUACGGUAGACCGUUUGAAGAGUCGUUCCGAUGGUUCCUACAUAGUGGUAGCUGGUAUUACACCAACUCCCUUGGGUGAAGGUAAAAGUACAACACUGAUUGGUCUUGUUCAGGCACUCUGUGCCCAUAAGGGACGUAAUGCAAUUGCUUGCAUGAGACAACCAUCACAAGGUCCCACCUUUGGAAUCAAAGGCGGAGCUGCUGGCGGUGGUUACGCACAAGUCAUUCCCAUGGAUGAAUUUAAUUUGCAUUUAACUGGCGAUAUCCAUGCGGUUUCCGCAGCCAAUAAUUUGCUUGCCGCGCAAUUGGAUACCCGUAUUUUCCAUGAAAAUACUCAAAAAGAUCAAUCACUAUACGAUCGGCAAGUGCCACGUAUUAAAGGUCAGCGCAAAUUUUCGAAAAUCCAACUACGCCGUUUAGAACGGUUAGGUAUUUCCAAAACCGAUCCCGAUUCAUUAACGCCAGAAGAACAAAGCCGGUUUGCACGUUUGGAUAUCGAUCCCGACACAAUAAUGUGGGAACGCGUUAUUGAUAUUAACGAUCGUUAUUUACGUGAAGUAACAAUUGGUCAAUCGCCGACCGAAAAGAAUUUCACUCGUAAAACGUCGUUUGCCAUCUCGGUGGCUAGCGAAAUAAUGGCUGUGUUAGCACUUGCUACAGACAUGGAGGAUAUGAAGCAGCGCCUGGCAAAUAUGGUAGUAGCAUUUGAUCGCAGUGGCAGACCUGUGACUGCCGAUGAUUUAGGUGUUACCGGUGCUUUGACUGUUCUGCUGAAGGAUGCUUUGGAACCAACUUUAAUGCAAACAUUAGAAGGCACACCUGUUCUGGUGCACACUGGCCCAUUUGCAAAUAUAGCGCAUGGUUGUUCCUCAAUUGUUGCUGACAGAAUCGGACUAAAAUUGGUGGGUGGAAAGGGUUUCGUAUGCACAGAAGCUGGUUUCGGUUCGGAUAUCGGCAUGGAGAAAUUCUGCAAUGUGAAAUGUCGUUCUUCCGGUCUCAAACCGAAUGCUAUGGUGUUAGUAGCUACAGUUCGUGCUUUGAAAAUGCACGGUGGUGGUGCUGCAGUAACCCCAGGAGCUCCACUGAACAAACAAUACACCGAAGAGAAUUUGGAAUUGCUAGAGAAGGGAUUACCUAACCUGCUUCAACACAUUUCCAAUGGUCAGAAAUUCGGAUUUCCUGUUAUAGUAGCAAUUAAUCGCCACACGUCCGACACUGAUGCUGAGCAUAAUCUCAUCAAGCAAGCCGCAUUGAAAGCUGGUGCCUUUGCAGCUGUUCUAUGUACACAUUGGAGCGAUGGCGGUGAAGGUGCUUCUGAGCUGGCCGAUGCGGUGAUAAGAGCGUGCGAAGAUCCCAGCGGAUUUAAAUUAUUAUAUGACGUUAAUUUACCUAUAGAGGAUAAAAUGAAUAUAAUUGCACAAAAUAUGUACGGUGCAGCGAAAGUUGAACUAACUCCAAAAGCUGUGGAAUCUUUGAAAAAACUGAAUGCAGCUGGUUUCGCCACAUUACCGGUUUGCAUGUCUAAAACAUCUGGCUCGCUAACUGGAGAUGCCGCCAUUAAAGGAGCACCCAAAGGAUUUACUCUAACUGUGCAAGAUGUCUACGUUUCAGCUGGUGCUGGUUUUGUCGUUGCUAUGUGUGGAGAAAUUACUAAAAUGCCUGGUCUUUCAACUCGUCCCGCGAUAUACGACAUUGAUUUGAACACUGAAACUGGAGAAAUUGAAGGAUUGUUCUAAUGCCUAAAUUUCUUAUUAACUUGUCGAUGAAAUUACCACUUUUUUACCAUACUAUAAUAAAUAAUAUGUAAUAAUUAAAUGUAUACAUGUAGAUACAUAAAAUAUAAUCAAAGCAUUUUUUUUCAA